AUGCAGUACAUGACCACAAAAUGUUUCUGCGAUUACCUUUCGGAAGGGAAGUUAUCGAUAAUUCUAAUCCAUGCUCUGCAGAAUAGCAUUGCGGCCGAUCGUAUCAAAGGGCUGAUGUCUCAUCGUGGAAGCAGAAUUGAGCUUUCAGACGAGCUGAAAUCUUACAUACUCUCUGAGAUGAUGGCAGCAGGGAGUUUAGAUUUUAAGAGGGGUGCUGCUUUACAACUGCACGAAGCCAUGUUGAAAACCUCGGGUGAACUGGAGAAUAUGAUGAGGGAGAAUAAACUAUUGAGGCACGUACUUGAUGCGUAG